GGCUGGAACAAGUUACUGGAGCAGAGUCCGGCCUCACGAAGAACACGUUCCCUUGAGAUUAUCUGGAACGAUGGGUUUCUCUGCGCUUUAUGUAUUCCACGGCCAUCUGAGCUGUACUGAUGACCUCAGGAUUCCCCUCCAACUACGUUUCUUAACCCGCUUACUCGUCCCCAAGCGAGAAGGUUUUAGCACUUCCGCUCUCUCACUCUUUUCCCUCUUCUCUUCUGUCUCUUUUUUUUUAUACGACUUACCCUUCGUAACCUUUAGAUCGCUCUUACUGUGCCCUACGCGGCCUAUCUAAACAAUGACUGAAUACUCUAUGUCCUCAGAGGCCCUGCGUGAGUUCAGGUCUACCCAGGAACGUACAGCGUAUUGGGUCGACCAGUACACUCGAUAUGGUGCGGAGGAAGAAUGUUUGUCCCCUUCUGCACCACCCUCAGUUAUCAGUGACGUGGAAAGCCCCAGCAGCGGGUCCAGCGACUCUGAUAACUGGAGCAGGGAUUCGAUCCCUCCCCGCAUGGUGCUGCACUUCGAGGAUGGCAGACCAGACAUACCCAUUUCUCACGAUUACCCACGUCCAUCGCGGAUGCGUCCAAGGGUGCCGGUACCUGAGUCCGAUCAUCAGGCUGUUCCUCACUCUUCAUCGCGACAUGGACCUUCGAGGUCAGGUUCGCAACAUCUACCGGUUGUAUCUGUACCAUCGAGUCGUACCCGCCAUGGACAAACGUUAUCUUACGUAACGGUUCCUCCUGCUCAGUCGGAGACUCCACGUCCUCGCAUUACACCUCCUCCAUUACCGGAGAACAUUGUUGUAUUGCCUUCGCGCGAGUCCGAGCAGUCUGACCAUUCCCCGACACCUAUCGUGUCUCGUGCUAUUGAUCCUUCGCAUCAUGGAGAUGGAAGUCACUCACGUUCUCCCACCUCCCACUCUUCACAGAAUCCUCAUCGGAACGCCAAUGCAGGUCCACCACCACACCGCUCCCUAUCUUCGCCCAUCGCAUCACCGAGUCCUCGACAUGCCUAUCCCCCAACACAAGUUUUACCGCGAAAUCAUUCUCCUGCGAUGAUGUAUUCCCAAUCCCAACCCCUUCCGUUGUCCACAAACGGAGGUGUGCAAUAUUUGGAACAACAAGCGGCUGCACAAUCGCGACCGGGGUCGCGGCUACCGUACAACUACUCUCCACCGGCAAUCAUUUACGCUCCCUCCUCUAAACACUCCAGACCACGUUACGCUCCGCCUCCCAUCGUUUAUUCGCCUCCCAACGGAUCUCACGGUCUAGCCGGUCGAUACCCCGCUCCAUCGAUGGUGCACAGUCAAUCUGCUCCUGUGCCUCAACCAGGGGUAGCUUAUCCUCCUCCUCCGCAGGGAUCGAACCACCGCUCGCAUCAUUCACAUUCACAUUCACACUCACAUCCCCCUCAUCAAUCGCACCAUUCGUCAUCUCAUUCACAUGAAAACUCGAGUCACAGUCGAAGCCUGAGUCGUGGACGCGCUCGGGAGAUGAUGGCAGCUGACCGACCUCACUCAUCUCACGCACGUUCACAUUCACAUAAGAGCGUUAGCCGACAUCGUACUCGGACUCCUUCCCGGUCACGUUCGCCCUCAGACAGCGACAGCGAAGCCGGCAGUAUCAGCUCAAACGGGACGUAUUACAUCUUACCCACUCCCGGACAAAAAGUGCAGAUCAUAGUCAGUGCCAAAUUCGUCGUCGGUGUAUACCGCAACGUCUACCACGAAAUCGGCCCAUUCGCCGAAUUCCGCUCACUCUGGCGGGUACAAAAAGCCUUUCUUCCAGAGAAUCUUCCAUAUGCCAAAGUUCUCUGCGCCGUCUGUGGACUCGAGAGGUUCUGGCGGAUCCAGGGGCAGUGGAAGAAGGUUACAGCGACGUCAUACUAUCGGGGGAGCUCGCAUUCAACCUCCCGUCCAUUAACGCUUGGGUCGCAGUCGCAGUUGCAAUUAAAAAACAAAGUGACGCAGUUUGGAACAUUUGAACGCUGUGUCAACGGGACAUUCGUGACCAUUGGUGAUAGGCGAUUACCAUAAGGGUGAAUUUAGAUGUCCUUUUAGUUCUUUCUUUCUUUCUCAGCUUCAGUCUCGCAUCUUGAAGGCCUUGUCAUGGCUAGUGUCCGUUCUUGCUCGUCACCAUACGCAUCUCCUUACCUUCUGUGUCUCUCGAAAUCUCUUUUCAAUUGGUAUAAUACUUGUGUCUUUGCUCUGUAGUCUUGUCUCGUUUUCGUUUUUCUGCUUUCAAUCUCUUUAGCAUCACAUUGUAUCCAGUUAUAGUAGCAUGUGUCAAUAGACUGUAUGAAUAUGCUC